AAAAGGGCAAUCUAUCGGGAUUCUAAUGAUUGUGUGCCACCUGAUUCGGGAUGAAUGACUGCAUAAAUGUAGGAGUGAAUGAUGGUCAUUUCUCUUUUUCCUUAUUUUGUUUAUAAAUAAAAAUAAAAACAUGGACACUGGAAACCACAACGUUUUACAGUUUGUGUCUGCGGCUGCUCAGAUUUUUGAAAAACAAGAAACAGAGGAUAUGGAAGCCUCGUCUUCUUCUAUCAACACGACUGAAUUGUUACAGUCUUCAGAUGCUUUAUUCAAUCAAACAAGUCAUUGGAGUAUGACUGAUCAGCAAUUAACAUCAGAUCAUAAUGCUACCAUUGAAGAAAAGUCAAGUCAGAUAAAAGAGCUUUUAGCAGAAGCAACAGGAAUUAUCUACGAGGAACCUAAAACAACCUUACCGUCCAGACAUAAUCUACCCAUGACUUUAGAAGAGCGACUCAAGGUAGUAUUCAACUUGCCAUCGAGCGAAGUAUUAAGAGGAGAAUGGAUCUGUUAUAUUGUACAAUCUGCUCUAGUUCCUGGAUGUAUGUAUCUGACGGAUAACUUUAUAUGUUUUUAUGCUUCUUUACCAAAAGGACAGCUUCAGUUCCAUAAAUCAGGAUACCUUUUGAUAAAAAGAGCGGGUAAAAUGAAAAGCAAUUAUGAACGAUACUACUUUGAUAUCCAGAAUGAUGUACUGGCGUGGUAUGAAAAUCCUACAGAUAACUACUCACCAUUGGGUAAAAUUGAUCUCAAGUCCAUAUUGGCUAUUCGUCAAUCUGUCAAACGAAAGUAUGGAUUUAGAAUUAAGACAACUACAAAGAAUUGGCAUUUCCAAGCAGAUACAAAGGCGGCCAUGAUUGAAUGGACCAAUGCUUUACAAAAGGCGAUAUUUAAGGCAAACAACAGUGGGUCGAACCUAAAGAUCAUAUUACCUUUUCAAAAUGUGUUGGAUAUCGAGCAAACAGAGGCAUUUGAAUUUCAAAAGUUUUUAAAGAUAAGAGCUGUCGGUAUCGAUGAUAGCUUUGUGGUGGAUGAAUAUUAUUUCUCUUAUUUUGCAGAUAUCGAAAAUACAUUCCAGCAUCUCAAGUCAGCAUGGGAAAGUCAUUCAUCCUUUCAACAGACAUCCAGCACGCCUAUCAGCCAAUCACCCACAUUAUCCAUAUCUGACCUACACGAAUCUGAACCUCCGUCUGUUCCUUCGAGCACAAUCAAGCGCAUGAACACAGUGGUGUCCAGCGCAUUAUCCGUACCAGGAGCUAUCAAAGACUACUUAUACCCUUCCAUCUCUUCUAAUAGUAAAAAACCAGCAGAAAAACUAGAGGAAUCGUCAAGCUCAGGUGAUGAGGAUUAUCAGGCUAUUGGCUGGUUACACGGCAAACGUCAAUCAGGGAUGAAAUUGGUCUAUGGACUUUUAGGCGGAGCAGCUGGCAGCCCUUCGAUUGCCUUGGAGAAUGAAGAUGAAGAAGAGGACGAAGAAGAUGAUGAUCCUGUCAAUAGAGCCGAUGAAGCUGAAGUAUUAGAUGAUCGUACCAUUACCAAUUUUCGAAAAUACUUUGUUUUACCAGAAACCGAAAAACUUCUUACAGUCUAUAGAUGUUCCUAUAUGAAAACACUUCCUUGCUAUGGAAAGUUGUAUAUUUCCACAAACUAUAUUUCAUUUAAUUCCAAAGGAUUUGCGUCCAAGGCAAAGAUCAUUAUUCCCUUUACAGAUGUCAUAAGGGUACAAAAGUUAAGAAGUCGCGGCUACAUAUUUCACUCUUUAAGCAUCACAACACAAACAAAACGAGAGAUAUUUCUAGAGUUUUCAUCCAUUUCUAGACGCAAUAGUUGUUUUGCAAGUCUCUUUAUUCAACAUAAACGUGUCUUGGAAUCAGAGCCAGAUAAGGCAGAAGAAACGAUACGAGAUUGGGAAGCCAAGUUGAUGGAAGAUGAGCUAAGAGACAAUCAAUUGGAUCACGUCGUUCCUCAAAAUGCAACAUUGCCUAUCCUUUCGCGGAGCAUGUCAAGUGAAUCGAUUGUGUAUAAAAAGCCUGAAAGGUCGUUGCAUUUCACGUGCAUCACUAUUGGCACAAGAGGUGACGUGCAGCCCUAUAUUGCUUUAUGUAAAGGCCUGAUGAAGGAUGGUCAUAGGUGCAGGAUAGCAACCCAUGAUGAGUUUAAGGAUUGGAUAGAGGAGCAUGGCAUUGAAUUUAGAACAGUCGGUGGAGAUCCUGGAGAGCUGAUGAGGAUUUGUGUGGAAAACAAUUUCUUCAGUGUGAACUUUGUUAGAGAGGGUCUGAGAUUGUUUAAGGAUUGGAUUGAUGAAUUACUUUCUCUUACAUGGGAAGCCGUCCAGGGCACCGACGUCAUCAUUGAAAGUCCAAGCGCAAUGGUUGGAAUCCAUAUGGCUGAAGCACUUGGAGUACCCUAUUUCAGAUCAUUUCCUAUGCCAAUGACCCGCACUCGAUCAUUUCCACAUCCAUUUGCAACACCCAAUCACCCCAAGGGCCGGCUCUAUAACGACAUGACCUAUGUUCUAUUCGAUUAUGCUGUAUGGAGAGCCAUAGCAAGCCGAACGAAUGCGUUUAGAAAGAACAUACUGAAAAUACCUGCCACAAGUUAUGAAAAACUAGAAGUUUGGAAAAUACCCUACCUUUACUCAUUUAGCCCUAAUAUUGUGCCAAGCCCACUCGACUGGCUGGACUGGAUUCACUGCACUGGAUACUGGUUCCUUGACAACCCCCAAACAGGCUGGAAACCUGAGGAGAAGCUAAAGGCAUUUGUUGAAUCCAAAGAUACCCGUCCCCUUGUUUAUAUCGGAUUCGGUUCUAUUAUUGUCUCUGAUCCAAAGGAGAUCACUCGCAUCAUCGUCGAAUCUGUCUUGCUCUCGAAUGUGAGGGCAAUUGUAUCCAGAGGAUGGUCCUCAAGACUCCAGGGUGUUGCUCAUGAAGAAGAUGACAUCUUAAAGAAACACCCUGAUACGAUAUUCAGCAUUCAGUCUGUGCCUCAUGACUGGCUGUUUCCUCAAGUACGUGCUGUCGUUCAUCAUGGUGGAGCAGGCACGACAGCAGCAGGAUUAAGAGCAGGAAGACCCACGAUCAUCAAACCCUUCUUUGCCGACCAAUUCUUUUGGGGAGAACGUGUAGAAGAGAUGGGAAUUGGCCGAUGUAUCAAAAAGCUAACGGUCGAGAGCUUGUCAGCAGCACUUCGUGUAGUCUCUACGGAUGAUCAUAUGUUAAAAUUAGCAAAGAAAGUGGGAGAAAAGAUCUCAUCGGAAGCGGGUGUUGAUACAGCCAUUCAGUGUAUCUACCGUGAUAUGGAACUUGCCAAGGCUCGAACACUCUCUUCUAUACAAGGAAAUGCCUGUACGAAUGAUCAAGAGUAUAUAGAAGAGGAUUGGACAUUGAUUGAUGAAGCAACCGCAUCUGGUUCAAUAUCCCCUGAAACGUGGAUGUUGAAAGAACAAAGAGAAAGCACAUAAAGAACAAGAUAAUCGUAUCAUCUUUUUAAUAAAGUAUAUUUACAAGGUGUGAUAUUAAGCUGCAUUCACUCUUAAACUGGCUUCUGUUGUGAUUGCUUCAAUAACGUCUAGUUUCAGUAACUCCUUGACUGAGUACUCUAAUGAAGCUUCAUAGGUAUAUACAAUAAUUGAAUCGUUAAUGUGCAUAUAUUGUUUAGCCAAUGCUGCAAUGCAGUUCGUAACACGAGCAAUUUCCUGUCGUUCAUCCUCAGUAACAGGCUAUGUAUAUGUAGAAUGAGUAUGACCAUCUUGGAUAUUUUACAUGCUACUUACAUCAUUUAUGCUUGA